GUCGCACUGCAACGACAAUUUCAAAACACAGCUCACGAACAAAACUGCUUUAACUUAGUACUGGCGGUAGGCAUAUUCAAGCCAUGCCUAUCCGCCGUCUAUCUGUUUCGGCAGAGCAUGGAAAUUCAGCUCAGAACUCAAACAGAGCCCAUAGAAGCAACGACUCUCAUCAUAUGCUCACAGGAAACGGCGGGUCCAUCCACCCACCUUCCAUAGCUUACUCGGGCGCGUCUACUACUCCGCAACAGAAGAUGGUAGUACAAGCCCUCAUAAACAACAGAAUAAAGAAUAAACUACCAAUCCAUUCCGGCCUUUCUCUGGAUAUUGUCGAGUCGGAUCCUGCGACGCAGAGGGCAGUAUGCGCGUUGGUGGAGAUCGCGCAUGACUCGUUAGACAUAAUAGCUUGGUCGUUAAGCGAACUGCUUGAACGGCUCGCAAAGCAAAUUGAUGCAGACGGACAAAUGACUACCGAAGCAUUGCAAUCUCAACUAUUUAUCCUGAAGAUUUUGUCGGUAUGCAUGACAUCAAGAUGGAAUCACCGACACGAACAGGACGACACGCGUUCCUCUCGCGGGCCCAAACCCCAGAAUGGCAGCCAGGCUCCUGGUCAUGUUGAAUCGCCAAUGCCGUCUUCGAGUCAGCAGGGCAAGAAGAUUCGCCAAGCUUCCACUGAGUUCUCCUCAUCUACACCACCUCCGUGGACAGAGGCUUAUCCUCUUGACGAUAAUUGUGCACGUUAUAUCCUGAGUGUGAUGGUUCUCUACCUCCGUCAAACAGCAGCGCCGGAAGCUCGACUCAUGUCGUCUUCAAACUUGGCUCCUGACGCAUCAUUGCACGAUUUUGAGUCUGUAGAUUUGCCGACCGAGUCUUCGGCAUUCGACGAUUACACGGGAAACAGUGGCCCCUUACUACCUCCUCAUAUAUCUCAUGGAUCGAAGCCGAUAAUGAAGCUCAGGAAUUCAUCCGCGUCAUUCCAAUCAGGUGCAAGCGCAACUUCAGGGCACUGGCAGCUAGGCCGCACGUUUCAGUUCGAGAGAACUCAUAUGGCGCUUGUCAAAUCCGCACUUGCGCUGAAUCUUCUUAUCAGCAAGUUUGCAGGACGAAUCGUAUAUCAUCUCUCUGCGUCGAACUGGUUAGUUGUUUUCCACCGAAUACGCCAAAAGAUCCACUUCCUCGCCAACACAACGGAGGACAACCCCGACACAAUCGAUUUGCAGCUCAUGACGCAUAGCGCGAUGGACAGAGUGCGACUAGUUCAAGUUCUGCAUGAGCUUUCGUCUCUUCUGGUGAACAUGAAACGACAAGCUCAGACAGCGGUUGCCAUCCCAUUACGUAUGGCAAUCUGGAAUUGGAUUGAGAUGUGCCCGCAGGAAUAUAACGAGGCAGUGAGAUCAAGAGGGAGACUUGAAGGCGCACCGGAGCGCGUCUUCGACCUCCUGCACUCCGCGAAUGAACCUGGUCGGGAGCGUGCGCUUUGGCCAACGUUGACCGUCCUUGCUUGUCUCGCUGCUGAGCGCCUGUCGCCAGAUUAUCAGAUCGAUGAUAUCCGUUUCGUAGAGGACCUACUCAGGCAUUCGAACACGAAUUCAAAGCUCUCCGAUGUCUCUUUCGUGUGUGCGAUAGACAUGUGUAGAGCUGGAUUUCGGAUAUCGCCUGAUGGUGAAAUGCCCCUCAGACAUAUUGCAGCAGACAUCUCGCAUGAAAUCAAGUCGACCUUGCAGAAGUCACCCGGGCAGAAGCCAUUCUGGGACUCCUUUGAUGAGAUCGACGUCGCCACCUAUGCUGAGGCACUCGUUGCUGUAUUCCGUUUCCUGCCGGAAGAGGAAUCAAUAUCGUUGUUCUUGGAUUGUCUGGAGCCUGAGCGGUCUGACGCAGUGAAGAUUUGUGCUAUCAAGGCUGCUACCACCUUGUCGACAGAGGCACCCCGUGUUCCUUGGCAGCAAUCCUUGGAGAAACUCCAGUUCGCCAUCUCACCGCGCUUGAGAUGUAUCUACAAGAACUCUUCUAUGCGGCUUAGCGAAUACGACAGUGAUGGGGCUAUUCGCCGUGCAGCGUCUCGGCCCAAGGCCAAACGCUUCACAUCCGAAACGCUGAUUGACAAAGACCUCAUGCUCCUUUCUAUUCUUGCACUGUUACGGGCAUCGCCAGAUUACUAUAUCGCCAACAUUGAGGACACAGAUGUGGAAGGCUGGGAUUCGAUCUCUGCACGAGUUCAUGACUCAGAUACUGACACAGCUGUCAAAAUAUCGGCCGCGACAUCGCACCAGCAUCUCACGGAUCUAUUCUUCAAGAUGCCUCCGACUGACCCUUACUACAAGAUGAUUGAAGGGUGGAUGAAAAAUGCGAUGCCGAUGUCGUUGAUGUGCAUUGCAAAGAGGUUGCUGCUGACUAGGCUUGAUCCCGACAGCCAGAGGCUGUGGAUACACGUCGCUCAUCAGCUCGUCGAAUGUUACCAUCGGAAAAGCGAGGAUAACCAUGCUCAUGGCAUGCAAUUCGACAAGGACCGUGUACCAGCCUUCGCGAUGUGCGAGAUCGCAUUCUUAGUAUCCCUUACAUCAGUCAGCAGUGAUGUCUCGCAACUUGCUGCCCAAGGUCUUCGUCUCAUCGCACAAGCUGAGCGGCAACCUGGAGCUCCUGUCAACCACGGUCUCACUGAGGAGGAACGCUCAAAGCGAAACCCGAUAUACGAACAGCUCGGUGACCCCAGCGUUAUCAUCGUUGGACGCGUCAGAGAGCAGAGACGUGUCAGAAAGCUCUUGCGUUUGGUCGCGAAUUCGUCACCCAUUAACAUCGCCGUUUGGGAAGAGUGCUUUUAUAGAUGGAGUGCACUCUCAGAGUUUAUCGUGCAGAAUCCGCUGGCCGCAGCAGCAGCCUUCGACGAUUCUCAUUUGAGCAAGCAUGAACAGCUCAUGUCUAUCGAGGAGAAAUUCAUUCAAUGGAGAAACCUCACGUUGUUCCUGGCUGCUUUCGGUGGUGUUACCGUGCAAGAAAAGCACGACCCCGGUGCCCUUACUGCUGUGAUCCCUCCUGAGUUUUUACUUGAUGACAUGCGUUCUCUAAGAGACCCGGCAGACCUCGUUGCUCUUUUCAUCGAGUUCCUGACCAAUGCCCUUAUUGAUGAUGUUGUUCGCGUUCGGGAAGUUGCGCGUGAAGCUCUUGGGUCGGAACUUAGCCCUCGUCUCUUUUCAAAGUUGUUCAGACAUCUUGACGAGAUCACGCGGAACAUUACGGCUGGAGCAGGUCUCGAGUUUAAGGAUGAAUACGGAUUAUUCUUGGAUCAGUUAAUUUCAGUCCUGAAAUCACUUGUCGAGAAUGCACAAAUGCCACCUGACGAAGCUCUCAGUAUUGAUCUAGGGUCGAUCUUGCAUAUCCUCGUCGGAUUUAUCUCACGUUUCAACGAUCCAGUAUCGUAUCGGAUUCGGGUCAAGUUUUGCGCCCUUUGCGAUAGUGUCUGCCACCGCACAGACACGUUGACCUUGCGUAAGGACGACCUAUCGCGCAAUCGCAUCAUUGACAUCGUGAUGGAUUGGUUCCAGGAUCCAACAUCGAAUACCGACCCCGAAGCUGUCCAAUUCCAGUACGAAUUGAACUUCGCGUCUCUUCGCACAGUCGUCAAGCUCCUUGAACGCUUAAAACUCCAACCAAUCGAUAAUAAUUCCAAUGACAACGAUGACUCCGGACACGUGGUAUCACGAUUGUUCAUCCGAUACUCCCAUGGUUUACUGAGAGCCUUGGACAUAUGUCAGUCUGACCCCAUAGUGCCCGACAGUACUUCAGACGCCCCAUCUCUGCAGAAGAAAAUGCAAGCUUCUCAGAGAGAGGCCGACAUUCGCGAUUUGGUCAUUACAGGCCUCUCGCACCUCGUCACCUCAAACUCGGAGAACGCCGUCAAACAUUGCAUUGCUUCUGCAUAUGAUGGCGAUAUGAGGAAGCGAACUAUCUUUGUCAACGUCUUUGCUCGAGUACUUGGGCAGGGCACCAAGUUCGAGGCGCAAGGAAAUCCUGAAUUGCAAGCACGCCGAGAUCAACUACGAGAGCUUGUCAAAGGAUCUGACAUGGUGCUUGCGAUGGUAAUUUGCGAGUGUUGUCCUGCCAAUGAGGUCGACAUGAUGAUCUCCGUGCUAAUGAAUAUAUUCGACACGAGAGCGUCGCUCGUUGCCUUGUUGAAAACAAUGAUUGACCGAGAAAUAGCUCACACUUCUAGCGAGGUGGAUCUUUUCCGUGGGAAUUCGACGUGCACGCGAUUCCUCUCAGCGUUUGCGCGUAUACACGGGUACAACUAUUUGCGGGGUCUGAUCGUCCCUCUCAUCAAGACCAUGACGUCUAUGCCCGCAGGCCACGCAUAUGAUCUAGACCCCGCCAAAGCUAACCGAGACAAGCUUGAACAAAAUAAGAGGAAUGUCGAGCUGGUUGCCCUGUCUUUCCUCGAUAUCAUUACUUCCUCGGUCCCUGCCCUACCACCGAUGAUUCGAGAAGUUUGCGCUCACCUUGCGAAAUCAGUUUAUCAAGUUUGGCCGGAAUCGAAGUUCGCUGCCCUUGGUGCAUUCAUAUUUCUUCGGUUCAUUUCUCCCGCGAUCGUUGCCCCAGAGAUUGUCGAUGUUACGGUGCCCAGAGAUGAUGGCGGAGUCAUCCGCCGGGGCUUAAUGGUAAUAGCAAAGGUCAUGCAGAACCUUGCCAAUAACAUCUUAUUCGCGAAGGAGGCUCACAUGCUUUGCUUGAACGAGUUUUUGGGUGUAAACAUCAAGAGCAUCACGCGUUAUCUGAGCGAAGUCAAUAAAUUCUCAUCUACUGCUAUCGACGAGGAGUCUACCGAAUGGUUGGGCACGACAGCCGAUGACACUGACACAAUUGUUCUCCAUCGCUUUUUGGACAAGCAUGCGGACAAGAUCGGUAAAGAGUUACUCAGUUACGCUAAACUCAAUGCCUCUGGAGAAGAAGAUGCAUCGACUGCUAAUGCAAAGUCUGCAUGGGAGCACCUCUGUAAUUUACUUGUAGAACUGCAAGAAGUUCCUGAGGUUCCUCGUUUCUCGAAACUUCCUCGGACCGAGCACCGGGAAUUUAUUGACCUAAUGAAUCGCUGUGCUCACCGCAGCAUUGAAUCUGUCCAGGACAUCUUCGUAGCCGCAGACGUUCCUCUUGACUCACCUGCUGUGUUUGUUCUGCGAGUUUGCCAGAUUGAUGUCGAAGCUCUGGACAUCGAGCUGUUGAUGUACCACAGUUUGAAGACAUUGCUGUCACCCGCUUACGAAGACCGGAAGUUCGAGGUUGUCUUAGACUGUACUUCGUUCACUUCGACUUCUGAAAUACCAGCGCAAUGGCUAACCACAUGCUCGCAACUCAUUCCGAUUGAUAUCCGACGUCGUUUUCUAACUUCAUAUAUCCUGAACCCUAAUUCGCUCACCCAGAAGUAUCUGAGGCGGAUGUAUAACAUUUCGUCAGGAACCAUGCUCUCAAGUGGGGUAAGGGCCUGCUCGUCAAUUGCCGAACUCUUGCAGUAUGUCCCACAGGAAAGUCUUACAGCACUUCGAUAUCCAACCUCUUUGGAGGAGGAAGGUAUCACCGGCUAUACGGAAGUCACCAUGAGGCAAGCCCAUGAAAUGCGCAUGCCGGUAACUAUGGAGGUUGCGGACACUCAUGUCCGGGUUACUUCCAUCCGUGCAGCUGUUAUCUCUCCAAACUUAAACUGCAAGUCGACGGAAAUUAUUUCUCUUGCUGAUGUUAGCGAUGCAUACAACGUAUCUACUGGCCUCGAUCCCUACGAAUUCAUUAUCCGCAGAAGCAAGCAAGGUGUAACGUCCUACUUCUCCUCACCACAGCGUGAUAACAUCGUCAAGUCCAUUCGUGCGGCCAAAAGUCAACUGAGGGAUACGCGCUAUCUCCGUAUGGAUAGGUUCCCAAGGUUCUCCAAUAUCUCCGCAACGCUACUCCAUGUAGGCAUGCUCAACAUCGACUCGGAAGAUGAGGGACUUCGUGGAGCUGCCUAUGACCUUUUGGGCGCUCUCUGUUCAUAUCUAAACUACGACAAGAACCCCAUCAUUGUGUCGAAGGCUGGAAUUAUACCUGGAGAAAUAUCUACAUUUGUCAUUGGACUGAGUGACCGCCUAGCUGGCUUUGCACCUAAACUCACACUCGAUUUCAUCUCUGUCAUAUCCGCUGGCAUGGACAAGGCCACCGCUGCUCAGCGUAUCACCUGCUUGCAGUAUAUGAGCCCUUGGGUGAAGAACCUCGCAAAGUUCUGCAAUCCGACAAGUUCAUUGUACGAGCACUCGGGAGCGAGGCUGCGAGAUUGCAUUCGUUCACUGAUUGACCUCACCAUCUCGGACUUAGAGAUAAAUUCCAUGAUCCACAGACACAUCUGGGUAGAAAUUAGCCGUCAGGAUUCGACUCUCGUCUACAUAGUUCUCGAAGAGCUCAUCCGUGCUGCGUCUGACGGCGGCAUUGGGUCCCGAAGAUGCGAGACUAUCGCAAGGUCAACUGCUGCCCUGUCGUCCAUCAAUGUCAGGGGAAGAAUUUUCUCGAAGUUAAGAAAAGCUCUUGGAAAAACCUCCCUUAAACCGUCCAAGACACUGCCAGAGAAUGUCCACUGGAACGAGAUUGCCACCCUUGCUCGUUUUGCGCUUGUAGCCAGCAACCACUCGAAACAAGCAGCAUAUGAUCAACUAUACAUCCCCGACAUCUUCCAUAUCGUUACGCUCAUCGCGGGCACAGGACAGACGUUAGUUCGCAAGUCAUUGUAUGGCAUAAUCAUGAACUUCCUUCAGUCUGUAUACCUUAUGCGAGCCGAGGAUGCUAGCGCACCUGAAUUGCGUCUUCUGAUCGACGAGCUCAUCAAAGUGGAUAACCUUACGCUAUUUGGUCUCACUCGUCAGUCGUGCACCAGUGAAUACUGCAAUUAUGAUCCUCCAAACGACAAGGCAGUGAUUGACUCUCAAGAAUCUUUGACUCGUCUGCUUGUCCGAGUGAUGGAGGUGACGUCUGGCUCAAGAGGCCUACUCAAUAUCUGGCGCGCACGGUGGAUGAGUCUAGCGACGUCAACCGCAUUCCAGUUACCAGCGGUCAUUCAGUCACGCGCUUUCCUCGUCCUGGGCACUCUUGCAACAUCCGAUGUUGAUGACGAUCUAGUGUAUCAGAUGCUGGUAGCGUUCAAGAACGCGCUAGGACAGUCCACAGAAUCCGACACGAUAGCGGUGGUUUGCAUGCUACGGUGCAUUUGCAAAGUAGUGCCUUCCCUAACCGAAGGUUCCCGGUAUCUCUGCCAGAUUUUCUGGUUGGCUGUCGCUUUGCUGCAAUCCAGCUACACCGCGUUUUAUUCAGACGCUGCUGAGCUCAUGCGCGCGACAGUUGAGACGCUGGAAAAGCACGGUGCCUUUCAGGGCAGUUCGAUACCCAACGUACUACUGGACGGCCGGGUUUCACUAGAAGACACUGUCUGCCAACUUGAUCACUUGCUCUGCCUUUCUUUUGACUCCAGUUUUUCCUUCACACUCGCCGCCAUUAUCUUCAAAGGUGUCCGCCACAACCACCUCAGAUCCUCUGCCGAGCUCGUUUUGCGGAGUUUGUUGUCAGUCACCGCACGGUGUGAUAACCAAUCUGAGGAUGGUUCCGCUUCGGGCCUGUGUCCAGAUGCGCUUGGCUACUUCAUCGCCUUGCUCCCCUUCUGCACGACACACGAGGCUUACGUACAGCUCCUGCAAGACUGUAAAGGAGAAGAAUUUUUGCCAGGACCUAACUCCUCUCGUUCUCGUCAAAAUGAUCUCGUUCCUCGCGUUUCCGUCGAAUUGCUAUCUUUGACAGAUAGCACAUCCGCACUCCUCACCGUCUCGUUUGCGAGCACAUUGUUGACCACUGCACAAGGGGAUGAUGCCGAAACCGAAAUCUUGUAUAAUUUGUUGGCAGAUAUUGGGGUUGCACACCCCGAAUCAGUUUCAAUCAUCUAUGACAUCCUGCAGGACAGGAUUAAAGAUGCUUUCGCCAAUUCCUCCAAUGCUGCAAUUAUUAGAGCUGUGACGAGCAUCUUCCGCAAUGCACAGGACUCACUGCGCCUGGGAUCGAUGCACACGAUGUCUGUAUCCACGCUCAGCACGGUGGACGAAGGCAAUCCAGCGCAAAGCCUGAAGCAAAAACUGGAAGACUUAGGUAUGGAUGGCCUCACAACGAGCUUCCAGUUCUUGGCUCCCAAUCGAGUUCAUUGGUCGAAGAUUGCUGCUUGGAUAUCUGACUUGGUUCUAAAAAUUGUCGGCUUGGAAUAAUCUUUUCAGCAGGAUGGGUUUUCUUCAUGGACGCCAUGUAUAGAACAUGUAUUGUACUUCUAACUUGCAUCGUUUCAGGUGUCUUCUGCACAUACUUAUAAUUACGCACUGAUUGCUAGCACUAUUACUGCUAAUGCCAUGUCAUUCCGCGACAUAGGGUACACAUACGAUUGAAUAUAUAUCAUUAUGAUCUUGCUGCCCUUGCAGCAUAGUACUGUCUUGCGCCGAU